ACUAAUAAGUCCAUAGAAGCAGAAGACGAAGUAGAAGCAAAAUGGCUAACGAUGCUAACUCUCCGCAAAAGAAUACGGUUGAUUGCCAACCGCCAUUAAAACACAUAAAAGAAGAAGAAAACGAAACCAUAACGACACAUAAACAAUUAAAGGAGGUAUGUCGAGUAUGUGAGAAGCCUUUUACUGUUAAAAAAGACAAACAUAAUUUGAUUAUCGGUGCCCGAGAGGUGAAGCCUCCCUAUACUUUGGCUCUGGAGGAGCUCACUGGACUCGUCGUUGAAACCACAGACGAUCUAAUAGCCGUAUGUGGAGCUUGCAGAAAUUUAUUAAACCGAUACCACAGAAGCUCAUGUGAAGCGGAACGGAUCGGUACAUUGGUCAAGUCAAUGUCAGUGGCGCAUACCAAAACAACUCCGACUGGUGGCCGAGCCAGAAAACGGAAAUCAACUCCGACUGAUGGCCGUGUGGGAAAAAGGAUACGCAUCGAGAGUCUUGUGAGACGUCUGGGCUUUCCCAAGUCUUCUGGCUGUAGUCUAAAACCUGAUCCUCAGUCCCAGCCUCUACCUCAGCCAACGGCCCUGUCGUCUGAUGAUGGAGCAGUGAGGAAGACUCUUGUCACCAUGGCCCCAGCAGAACUGCAUUCACAGCCAGUUCUGUCUGCCGUCUGUAGUCUGAAACCUGGGCCACAGCCUCUACCUCAGCCAACGGCCCUGUCGUCUGAUGAUGGAUCAGUGAGGAAGACUCUUGUUACUAUAGCCCCAGCAGUACUGCAUUCACAGCCAGUUCUGUUUGCUGUCUGCAAUCUGAAACCUGGGCCACAGCUUCAGCCACAGAAUCAGCCACAGCUUCAGCCCGAGCUUCAGUCUCAGCCCCAGCUUCAGCCCCAGCUUCAGCCACAGCUUCAAUCACAGCCACAGCCACAGCCUCAGCCACAGCUUCAGAGACGGCCUCAGCCACAGCUUCAGAGACGGCCUCAGCCACAGCUUCAGUCACGGCCUCAGCCACAGCUUCAGCCCCGGCCUCUACCUCAGCUUCAGUCCCGUCCUCUACCUAAGCCAAAUAGCCUGUCAUCUGAUGAUAGCGCAGAUAGGAAGACUCUUGUCAUCAUACCCCCAGCACUGCAUUCACAGCCAGUUCUGGCAGCUGUGAGCCAGACAGCAAGGAAUCCAGCUGUUGAGACAAGUUGCAGGCCCCAGUCCCAAUCUCAGCUCCACCCGGAGUCCCAGCAUGCACCUCAGCCAACUGUUGAGGCUUCUAAUGAUGAAACAGUGAAGAAGAAACCUGCAACUACAGUUCCAGUAGUUUGGUCUGCAGAUUCAGUUAAGGCAGCUGUGAGCCAGACGGCAAGAAAUCCAGCUGUGGAUACAAACUGUAGCAGGCCACAGCACCAAUCCCAGCUCCACCCGGAGUCCCAGCAUGCACCUCAGCCAACUGUUGAGGCUUCUAAUAAUGAAGCAGUAAAGAAGAAACCUGCAACUACAGUUCCAGUAGUUUGGUCUGCAGAUUCAGUUAAGGCAGCUGUGAGCCAGACAGCAAGAAAUCCAGCUGUUGAGACAAGCUGUAGAAGGCCACAGCCCCAAUCCCCAGAGUCCCAGCAUGCACCUCAGUCAACUGUUCAGGCUUCUAAUAAUGAAGCAGUGAAGAAGAAACCUGCAACUACAGUUCCAGUAGUUUGGUCUGCAGAUUCAGUUAAGGCAGCUGUGAGCCAGACAGCAAGAAAUCCAGCUGUUGAGACAAGCUGUAGCAGGCCACAGCCCCAAUCUCAGCUCCACCCGGAGCCCCAGCAUGCACCUCAGCCAACUGUUCAGACUUCUGAUGAUGAAGCAGCGGGCAAGAAACCUGCAGCUACCGUUCCAGUAGUUUGGUCUGCAGAUUCAGUUAAGUCUGCCAUCUGUAGUCUGAAACCUGGGUCUCAGUCCCAGCCUCUACCUCAGCCAACGGCCCUGUCGUCUGAUGAUGGAGCAGUGAGGAAGACUCUUGUUACCAUGGCCCCAGCAGUACUGCAUUCACAGCCAGUUCUGUCGGCCUUAACAAUCCAGGAAUGUGUGACCAGGCUGGUCCAGACUGAUCAACUUCAGAUGCAACCCACUGUCCAGGCUUCUGCUGGCGGAGCCCCCGCCCUGAAUUUACAACCACUGCUGAUUCAACUGGAUGGCAGCUAUACCACGACACAACCUGGUCAAAGCUCACCGUCGCCUCUCCCUGCAACAACUAAAGCCGGGUCGUCGGGACGUGGUGCACCAACACCGUCUGCAAGCACAAAACCUCCAAUGAAAAAACAAUCAAAGGUCACCAUAAGAACGGCAAAAUCCCUAAAAAGUCGGAUUGUCUGUGGACCCAUGGAGAGGGUACUCCACCACAUUGUUCAAGGAACUCUCCACAGAAUCCCACACGCACUUCUGUCUGUCCCUGGAAUGUUUGAUUUUAUGGUCCACGAGAUGACUAAUAUUAUCAGAAACGAGUGCAAGAAGCUAACAAGCCGGAAAUUCACAUCUAUUCUCCGACGGACCAGCAUCGAAGACCUAAAGAACUUUAAAUGGAUGAAUGUUGUCGAAGAGUGGAGGACAAACGCACCGACCUUUCUCAAGUUUUUACAGUGCGCAAGCACUGUCUCCAUUGAGCCCGCUACCACUACUUCAAGAAUACGCCCUAACCCUCCCAGAAGGAUUAAUAAAUACAGAUUACCAAUGGCUGGGGCGAUACUCCUGAACGCACGCUGCGAGUCAAUGUCAGCACAUAUGUACACGAAUGCUCUGGUUAUGUGCCAUAGCGGCUCAAGAAGACGUUUUAAAUGGUUAAAUCGAGUGGGUGUGUGCAUAACUAGCGGGAUGGCUCUUGCAAAGCUGAAAGCAAUGGGACCGGCAUGGGACAAUAAAACCUUCUUCCAAUGGACAGAGAAUGUAUGCAAAGACAGAGCAUCAAAGGCGGCCUCUGAAGGAGCAGACGCAGCGUUCACUAUACCGCCGAUAGACACGGAUUCAGAUGAAUCCCAGGACAACACUGAAAACGGGAUGUCGCCAGAGCACACGCAGCAUGGACAUGGGGACACUGCACCAACUGCGGACAUACCAGACGAACCAGACAAAGACACAUCUGACGCAACAGACGUAUCAGACACACCAGACGAACCAGACAUAGACGAACUAUACGAACCAGACAAAGACGAACUAGACGCAUCAGACGCAACAGACGUAUCAGACGAACCAGACGAACCAGACAUCUCUUCACCUGCAACCUUCCAGUCUGACUCAGAGUAGCUUCGCUGGAGCAACACACGCCUCCCUAAUAUUGUUUACAUGUAUGUAAUGACUGAUAAUAUGGCAAUGCCAGACAGGGGACAGGGGAAUGAGAGAUGAAGGCCCAAAGGCCGCACGCAUUUUAAACAAAACGUGUUAAGAGAACUAUUAGACCUACCCCGAACAGCUGAAGACGAGACAUUCUCACUCCUUACUCGUCAAAUACUGAUGCUUGGUCAGUGGCCCCACGCUUCAAACUAUGGUGCUCUAGAAACCGCUUUAGCGUCUGUUAUGGACGUGUUGGUGACCGCGAGUUACUUUCCGCUUUGCGUUACAUGCAGUGUUCUUUAAAAAAAAAAAAAACUUGAAAAUGCAAGUUUAUUUUGGUUUUAUGUUUACUUUGUUAGGUUUAGGCAACAAAAAGUACUUGGUUAGGCUCAGGAAAAGAUGGUGGUUUGGGUUCAAAUAUCUACCUUUGCCUUGUAACUUGUGUUUGUGGCGUUAUGUUACCUAAGGGACGUAAGGUAAGGAAGUUAACUUGCAUAGACCCAUCCACCACCCCAACCUUUCCCACUAAUCCAGAGUUUUGCACUACAGUAGUUGCCAGGGUUUUUCCUGGCUCAGAAUGGGCCUUGGGGGGGGGGGGCACUACGCACGAUAGUAAGCAUGAUCGGUCCCCAUACAGAAAGGCAAUGAGUCUGUGUGGGUUUUAAUUAGUUAGUUGAAAGCCUGAUGCGUCUAAUACAGGCACUAAAUGGUGCAUCUGUAUCAGACGCUGAGGACCACUGACCAAACGCCGGUAUUGGACCAGUUUGGAGUAAAACUGCCCUGCUGAAGACCAGGCCAGUCAAAACACAGAUGAGCUCUUCAACUAUCACAGUGGGUUCCUUAACGCAGAUGAGCUCUUCAACUAUCACAGUGGGUUCCUUAAACUAGCUUAACUAGAACGGGACUUUGAGGAUUCCGUCAUGUAAGGUGAUGGACAGAGGGCUGACUGCCUCUAGAAAUUCAAAUUGCUUCACUACAAACAAAGCAGACAGGAACAAGUAUUGCCGAGAGGCACUUCAACUGCUGCCUGACAUACAUGCGUUUUUAAAGUCCUAGUGUUGCGCAUUGGUUCACAUGGAACAGGAACAUACUGUAAAGGCUCGUGGUGGGGCUGGCAACAACAUUGCCUCGGAAUUGUGAAAAAAGUUUGUGCGCCUUACAAAAAACUGGUGUUCUUGUCAUCUGCGUGAUUUUCAUACAUACUACCUUAAUUAGCAUCGUUAACCAACAAGUGCUUCUCUGUAUUCUGUAUACGUAAUAAAAGAACUUGAAAUGA